AUGAUACCGCGAGUCAGCUCAUCUUUCUGUACAAUCACACGCUCUUCAGAGCAGCCGUCCAACUCGGCCAUGUUUCUGGCAUCACAGCCAUUGAAGCAGAUCUGGAUCAGAACGUCUACCUGGCCAUAUGUUCGCGAUACCGGUCGUCCAUGAGGCAGCAAUAUAUUGUGCAGUGCAAGAACCCGAAUGAGCAUUGCGUCAGAUGGUCAAUUUGCAGAAUCGUUAUAAAGCGCUCGGGAUCCAAAGAAGAGUCGCUUUGAUGACCGAAUAUGGCUGUCAACAAGAGGCUAUCGACUCUGUUUCCUCAUGUCCGGACUUCAACUUUGACACAGAGGAUAUAGGUCCAAAUAGGAAGAGGCGAUUGCAUGUCUCAAGUCGAGAAGAGUCAGCAAUUGACUUUGGAGAUAUUAUCACUCUGCUCCUCGAAGACCAGGACAAAGAUCGUACUAACGGUCCAGCCCGAGCCAAGCGCAUCCGGGAUCCGCAUAGUCGAGUCAAGACGGACAGAAUUGCGCUCCGGAUGCUCGCAAUUACUACGACGGCGUUGGAUCCAAAUUCUAGCACCUGUGCAGGUAGCGCGCCUCGAGAUGCAAACUCGACUCAUGCCUGCUACUGCAGCUGGUUGGGUCUCGGCAGCCUUGCAUGCCAGGAUCAAUUUACUACAGCAGAAGAAUUCGGCAAAGUCAUUGCAAUCGAUUCAAAACAGACUGAUCAUCUAACAACGUCCUUGGUAAACACGAUGCCACCCAGCAUGGCUGGCGAACGUGCGCGUUUUUAUGCUGUGUACUCAUUGAAGCGACCGUCGGCGACGGGUCGCUGAAGAUCUUGUACAGUCGCUCAGCGACGACGAAAGCCAAUUGGAAGAAUUGUCGAGCGACUACGUGAUGCUGCCUUCGAUUGGCGUUCAAGGAGUUUCUUAAGGCAUUGAUAGCACCAGAAGUUUGCCGAUGUCCAAUCAGUCUACGAUAUCGCACCGCAAGG